CGCCAUGCCACAGGGGUUAGUUGGUGACCAGCGAAAGCUAGCCUUGACACCGAGUUACCGGACUCCUCUGGAUGACUUCUCUGCUACUGUUGGAAGAUAUUUGCUAUGAGGAUCCUCAUAAAUUAGUCUAAUAAUGACUGGAUGCUCAACUUGUCGCUUUCGAAAAGUAAAAUGUGAUGGCCGUCUAGGUUUAUGUUUGCGGUGUGAGAAACUUGGGCUUGAAUGCAGAUGGCAAGCCUCUCGCCCCAACAGCGAGGAGCUCGUGUCUGGGGAAGUUACUCGUGCGGGCCAUAAACGUCUUAGAACGUCCGUGGCGUGUGAAACAUGCCGCAAAAAGAAGCUUAAAUGUGAUGCUGGCAAGCCAUCAUGUUCAGUAUGCGUCCGCCGUGGUAUCAGUUGCAUCUAUGAGCAAGGGCGCCAAUCACAACCCGAGAGAUCCGUCCCAGUAUCACAGCUAUUAAAUAUUCCAGACAGCCAAGGUAAUAUUCCGAUGGAAACCAUGGAGGUAGAUUACAACCAUGACUGUCACCAAAGCGGGAGUGUUGCAUCUACCAGGCAAGAUAUCGAUAUGGGAAUAAGCUCUCGUGGAAGUUCGAGGCUACCUAGCUCGCCCCGGCUACCUGCUGGCCCUGCUCUGUUGCCAUAUCUUGACUCAUACCUAUCCAAUGUUCAUCCCAUAUGUCUCAACAAUGUCUUGCACCCAGGAGUUCUUUGCGAAGCGUUUGAGAAGUCGCCGAGGCUGCUUUUAUUAGCGAUUUGUGGAGUUUCUGCAAAGUUUCUCGAGGAUCCAGAGAGCAAGGCUAAAGGUAGAAGUUGGGUCGCUGAAGCAAAAUCCAUGGUGAUGGAGAGCUUGGACCAAAUUUCCACACUUCCCAUAUUGGCCCUACAGACUCUGGCAAUGCACGAUAUCCAUGAAGCUGAUAUUACCUCUGCAUGGAAUUUGACGGGAAUAUCUAUCCGAAUGGCACUUCAGUUAAAACUAAACCACCCGACAGCCCAGCAACCAGACUCACCUAUGAGCGACUCUGGGACGUUUCUCAAAGACGAAUGCAGUCGUCGUUUGAUGUGGUCUGUUUUUGGAGCAGAUAUUUUGCUUGCUUCCGACGAGAUGCACGUAAGUGAUGAAGCAGUGUGUAACUUGGGAUUACCUUGCAAUCUGUGGAAUUUUACCCAAGGUACUCCAUGUACAACGCUUCUCCUCCAUGACGAGUCAAAUGACGCGGCAGCCUAUCAUGCAACAAAUCCAAACGGGUAUUUUAUAAGGAUUCUUGCCCUAAAGAGGCGGAUCACAAAUUUUAUUCGGGACCAGCGAGAAUAUAACAUGGAACCCCCGUGGAUGGAAACAUCCCAGUUUUACCGAGUUGUAAAAGAGCUUGAGGACUGGCGUAAGAAGUUACCGCCUAAUAUGACAUUCGAAGAGCGCCAUAUGUACACCUUCCGUACAAGCCGACAUCUCGACAUGUUUCUUAUGGUCCAUGUCUGGUACCAUCAAUGUGGAUGCGAUUUGUUUGGAAGCUGGAUACAGGACCGUGGCGCAACUAGUGAUGAUGAUCCCAACGCGCCAGCGCUAGCUGAAUUCUUUCAAAAAUGCCGCGAUAGAUGUCUCUAUCAUGCUCAACAGAUAAGCCGCCUCCUUGAGAAGGUGCUCAGAGUAGAACCGGACCACCUAUUCCGCGAUCCAUGGCUUAGUUUUUGUAUUCUCGACUCGGUGACGAUUCAGCUUGCAAAUGAGACAAUCCAGCAACAACCGACAAGUGCAGAGUCAUGUAGAGAGAUGUCACAGCUUUUAAAGAUUAAUAUUAAAGCUCUAGCAAACACCAAAGAAACUAUUAUUUUGGCUGACAAAGUUCAUCAAGAAUGCUGCGAUCUCAUACAGCAAGCUGGGCUAUGGGAGCUUGUGUGUGGGAAUGACGAUGGAAAUCAAAGAACGGACGGUUCUGUAGCCAGGGAAACGCCUACGAACCACACCAUCGACUUGCUCUGUCGAUAUCCUUUCCUUAUAUCACCACCACCAUCGGAGACGGAAAGUUGGAAUAAUCUCUUCAAUGCAACUAGUGUGUCCACCCCCGCGACACGCCAUCCAUCGCCAGAGAGCGGCCAACCACCGCCUUCUGUAACAAGACGCCUGAGCAAUUUAGCUGCCAGCUCUAGCCAAGAAAGACAGAAUCAAAACGGAACAGGAGACAUGGGCUAUAUGGGUGAUACCUCAAUGCAAUUGUUCCCUCCAUGGCAACCAGGGGAUUUCCAGUGGUGGCAGUCUGCUGGCAAUAACAUGCAAUCUACGACGGUGGGUAUGAACCAGCCACCUGUGUCAAAUACGUCGGGGUCAACGGACAAUGAUCAGGGUCUCCUUGAGUUCUUCGCAAACUCUAUUGCUCCAGCGAGCACUUGGCAGGUUGAACAGGGGUUCGAUUCAAGGUUUCUACGCCCGAACAUUGCUACUGAGACUCCUCUGUGACAUGGGAGCCCUGGGAUUACAAUUAAUGAAUCAGUGCAAAGUCACUCAUUAAUCACAUACUUUGAACAGGUGUGAGAAUUCUUGGUCUUAUUUAUCUCUGAUUGACGACUUAUUACGACAGCUCCAAGGGAAACUCGUUACAGUGUUGACGAACAGAUUCCCGGUGAAUAGCCCGUUAGGUGCCUAUGUCGGCUUAUAAAGGCCUCCACAGAUCUAAUGAGUAACAACAAUAGCAAGAAAGUGCAUGUCGGACGGAUUGUUCCCUUGGUUAUAAUUUCCAACCUUGAAGUAGCUGUUGGGGGCAUUCAACUGAUAAGUGUCGAGCACUUUUUGGGCACCGCCAUUGAUCCCGACCGACAAGACAUUGCUCUCGUAUCGAAUUUCGUACGAGAACUGUUGGCCAACAGGAAUAUUCCCAAUGGGCGUGAAAAGUAAAUUGUUGCCUGCUCUCGUCUGCUCGACUCCCAUCGAAAUAUCACCCUUGGAGUUGUAGAAGAGCUCGCAAACUGGCUUCGUUGAGAUACUGUCAUCGAUGUGAAUCUGACCGAUAACACUGCCAUGGCUGGAUUCGUCGGCAUACGCAACAGAUAGAGACGCAUACAGUCUAUUUUUAGCUGCGUUUGGGCUCCAGCUCGCAGCAGACCCGUCCGAAGGGUUGGCCUCUCGAAGCUCAGUCCGGCAGUGCUUGCUGUUUGGGGUCGUGACGCAGCCCGCCGAGUCUGGAGAUCCAGGGACUUUCAUCACAAGAGCACCAUCCCCACUCUCAGUGAAGAAAUAUUUGUGCCCAGGGUCCUGGUAGCCACCACAGCCUUGCAAUUGCGAGCUAGAGAUGGUCUGUGGCUGUCCUGGGUUGCCGAUGGGAAGCUGCAGCUUCCAGGGCUUCAUAUCGAAGUUUCCUCCUGGAGCACAAUUUGGGUUAAGCGCAGCCAUGACGCCUGAUUGCAUCGCCAACAGGACCGAAACGAUAGAAAUAGUUGUACGGAGAGACAUGAUGGCGGUGGUUUGUGGUUGUUUGAAUGAGAAUUGGAAUGGGAAAUGAGUAGAUGUGAUAUUUAACUUUACCUCUGGCAUUUAAGAACUCUUAUAUAGCCAUAUUCUCGGCGAACCCGGACAUCUCUCAAUGCCCAAACAUGGAAAUUGGAUCUACUUCU